UAUCCGGUUCGUAUCGACGGAACCGGUUCAGGAUAAUAGAACAUCCAAGGGCAGACGAUACGAUCCAAGAUGGCUUCCGCUGUACCAGUUAUUUCUUAUAGUUAUCCCUUUUUAGACGAUUUUUUAGAUACAUCUACACUUUUUGAUUAUUUUAUGCAAUUUGAAGAUUCAGUUUAUAAUGACCAUUUUGUUACACCUUUAAGAAAUAACAUUAACCGUAUACAAAAUUAUUAUGAAACGGUUAUUCCAAUUUAUACCUUGGAUGAAUUUAGGUCUCAUUUUCGUAUGAGCAGGUCUACUGUUGAACAACUUUGUUCACAGUUAGUACUUACUGGGGAAAUACCCACCAUACAUGAACACGGCCGGUCCCCGAUAGAGUCGGAAAAACAGCUCCUGAUGUACAUAUGGUAUAUUGCUACAUCUGAAACCUACAGAUCAAUCAGUGAUCGCUUUGGUGUUACAAUGUCCUCCACUCAUCGUGCAGUGAGAAGAUGCACAACUGCUGUAGUGCACAUUGCAGACCAGUACAUUUGUUGGCCAGAUGAAGCUAAACAAGCAGAAAUAAAAAAUAAAUUCAAAGCCAUCAAAGGUCUUCCAGGAGUGAUAGGAGCUGUGGACGGGACACAUAUCAGUAUAAGGAAACCAACAGACCAUCCACAGAGCUACCUGAACAGGAAGAAAGAUUAUUCCAUUAUUCUGCAGGGUGUGUGUGAUGCAGACAUGACUUUCAUUGAUGUUUUUGUUGGUUGGCCUGGGUCAGUUCAUGAUGCAAGAGUAUAUAGGAAUUCACCUCUGGAGGAAAAAGUUUCCCUUCUGCCAAUUGAAAGCCAUUUAUUGGGAGAUGGUGCCUACCCACUGACUAAUGGGCUAAUCACACCAUACAGAGACACAGGCAGACUUGCAAGUGAGGAAUUGAAAUUUAACAAAGUGCAAUCUGCAACCAGAAAUAAAAUAGAGUGCACAUUUGGCAUGCUGAAAGGCAAAUGGAGACGUCUUAAAUAUUUAGACAUGCUCGACAUACCAUGCAUGGUGGAUUUAAUUUUUAGCUGUACUGUUAUACACAAUUUUGUUAUUCAAAGAGAAGGUACUCAUCUCGAUGAUGACUUUGAUGAUGAAGACACUCUUCAACCUCCCAAUUUGGAUGUGCCAACACGAUUAGCAUUUCAAAAGAGGGAUAUGUUAAAGAUGUCAAUACAGUAAAAAGUGUCUUGUCCCAC